AUGAAUCCAUCAUCAAUUUCCUUAGAUUCCAUCCCUGACGUACCUCAAUCUACUCCUAAACACAACCCUAAGAACCUCGGCGACGGUGAAAUUAUGGUCUGGUUGAAGCGCUUGAGGCGAAAUGAAAAUGAUGAAGAGGUGUUGUUGUACAGUUUUCAGAGAGAACACGAGAUUGAAGGUGAUUCUUCUAUUGUGAUGUUAUUGAGAUCACAUAGAAUAAGUGGAAGAUUCGCCUUUGAAGCAGAUGAUGAAAGGUGCAGAGAUUCUCAGAGCGUUUAA